CGUUCGUCCAUGUUGCGAUCUGGUUGAGAGUGGUGGUCAUGGUAGGCGGCAUCCGAUCGGUCGUUCUGAACCAAGGCCUAUUAAUAACACAAUUGCUGUGGUUGCAAACGUUCCUCGGGCAUGGCGGGGAGCAAAGCAUACUGUGUACUGUGUACGGUGUACUCUUGUAGGACGGAGCAUGGGCCAGAGCUUGGAGAAGCUUGCCGCAGCUUAACGCUGCAUGUGGCGUUGGUAGGCGUGCUCAUUAUAGGCUAUCCUCGGGCGAGUCUGGAAUUGUUGAAGUGCAUAAAGAUGGUGUAACGGAUAUGGAUGCGCCGCUCGAGCAAAACGUCUGCGGGCAAAGUGUGUUGUACCGCAAGCGGUCGGCGAUAGCCAUCUCGAAGCCUGAGUAUGGCUGCGGCAUAUACUUUACUUUGUUGGGUUGGGGCCCGUCCUGUCUGUCCAGUCUGCAGUGUGCCGGUUCUCCAAACCCUAAGUGCGCGGACUGCACGUUGCUGGAAAUGAGGCACACGCGAGGCCUGCUUCGGGCCGUUAUCCACGCAGAUCGGCGAUGGAUACGGGAUCGAGGGAGGGGAGCUGGCGAUGGAUGGGGGAAAGGGACCUCAGACAUGCGUGCGCCGACCCAUAUUGAAUCCAUCACCGCAGCGUUGUCCAGGAACGGCUCAGCUCCGGGGUCGGCGGGAACUCGAGGGACUACCAGAGUACUCGGUAGAUACCGUGAGUCUCCAUUCGUCUCAGGCUCUCUCAGCGGAGUGCGACCCUCUAUCGUGGAACUUUUUGUUGGAAGUCGAGUCGAGCGGUCUGUCCUGUCAACUGCAAUGUUGGCCAUGGGGGGCCCGAGUGUUGGGGUUUGCGCACGGGCCACAUCUCCAUCGCCCAGCUCCCCCCACACACCAGCCAGACGCUGAACGGUAACAACAUCCACAUCCAGUCCAACCACCACCACCAGACUCACCCUGACUCACCCUACACCGGUUUUCUUUCUCCCGCAAGGGCCGGGCCGGGUCUCGCUCCACCAUCUCACCUUCUCUCGCUCCUCGCAUCCACAUACGCCAUACAGUCCA